UACAUCUAUCUAAUCGCCAAAUCAAUCAAUUUCUCAAAGAAGGAAUACAUCACCCUUCAUCGUUGCUAUAUUUUUGGUGAAUUUCUUUUUACAACAUCCCGUUAAUCAAAACAUUUUCACAAGUCUUUUUGGGCCCUUGGAAUACAAAUCUUCGCUCCACCCAAUCAAAACUUCCAGGACCACAUAAGACUACUACUACCCUGUCUACUAGAUACAUCACCCAUCAAAAGUUUCAUACUCGCAAGAAUAUAUACUUUUCAAACUUCAUUCUCGUUCGUUUUCACUCUUGGGUCUACGAUUGGGUCCUACCACUGAGACCUACUACUGAGCUGAGACCUUUCAAAACAUCGUUCCAAUCUCACCUCAACCCAAGGACUCACCUGACACACCACCAUGUCAACAAAGGAUUCCUCCCUUCCCACAGAAGCAAUGGACGCCGAACCAGCAUCCGUACGGAAAAUCCUUGAUGCCAAACUCCCAUCCAAAAAACGUACCGCUCUAGUAAAAGUAUCCACAAAUACUACUCAACCAUCCAUCACUACCUCCAAAUCUACUUACACAAAACCACCUAACUCGUCAACUCCAGCUUCCUCGGAAGCCACUUCAUCAUCAGAAGUAGAAGUCUCCUCAUCAGAAUCUUCCUCGGAAGACGAGUCCGAAGAUGAGAUCCCCCUCAUACGGCCGCUAAAUGCCCGUCCCGUCAUGCGUGUAUCCGAACUCAAUGGAUUUGGCGGUUCAGGAGGCUUAGGUAAUCUUCCAGAUUUUUUGAAGCAGAUGAAAGAAGCGAAUGAGGAAUUGAUGAAGAAAAUUAGCGGGGGUGAAGAGCGAGGGCUGGAGGAUGUGAGGGAGGGAGAGAGUUAUGUGGAAAUGAAUUUAGGACUAGGCGUUUUGGAAGAGAAGAGGGAUGGGGACAGUGAGGAUGAGAGUGAAAGUGAAGUGGAGGAGAAAGAUGCGGAUGGGGAUAGGAGGAUGGGGGAGGGAAAGAAGGCGGGAAUUGAAGAACUUUGAAAUGGUGGGAUGGAUUGAUUAUCUGGGUUUUCUGUAUAAAUUGAGAUCGAAUUUCUUCGUCCGAACAUUUCGAAUACUUGGAGUUGGCUGGAUACGGCGUUUCAUAGAAGGAAUAUAAAAUGUUGCUUCAGGAUAUGGAUGGGUUAGACGGCCUUGGCCCGUAAGGAUAAAAAGGGAAAACAAAAGGGAAACCACGAGGCUCACUUAGCAUUAGUCUCUUGAUCCCAAACUUAUUAGUAGAAACGA